AUGAAGUUCGCUGUUGUCACAUUUGUCCUUUUUGUAGCUUUAACAGGAGCUCAUUGCGCUCCGAAAUAUUUCGAUUUCAAUGGAAUGAAAGGAAUGGUCGAUGCUCAUUCCAUCAUCAACGGAAUACCCAAGUCGGAGGCUAACUCAGAAGCGGCUUCAAAGGCCGAGGAAGUUAUCAAGGCGAUGAUUCAUAAACAUUUGGCGAGCAAAAAGCAAUCAAAGAUACCAGCAAAGCAAGUGAAGGAAGUUAAAGAAAAAGCUCCUGUGGAAGAAACUCCUAUUGAAGAAGUUCCUGUGGAAGAAGUUCCCGUUGAAGAAGCUAUUGUAGAAGCACCACAGCCAGGCGUUGCUGAAAAACCAGUUUCACUUGAAAGUUUAGCUGACUUAACAGUUAAUUGGGAUGAUCAUCCAGAAACACGUGACGCAAUUAACGAGAAAAUUCCUGGUGGAAUUGAAUCAGUUGAAAAUUUAAUAAAUCUUCUUAAAGAAAGGAAAUUGAAUAAAACAUAA